AUGAGAAAAAUCAACCAAAUAGUCCCAGAAAACCAAACACAAUUCAAUGAAUUUAUCCUUCUGCGAUUUUCUGAGAAACCAGAGCAGCAGGGGCCCCUCUUUGGGCUUUUUUUGGGCAUAUACUUGGUCACAGUAGUUGGAAACUUGCUCAUAAUGUUGGCUAUUACCUUUGACUCUCACCUCCAUACCCCUAUGUACUUCUUCCUUUCCAACUUGUCCUUUGUGGAUUUCUGUAUGGUAUCUACCACAGUCCCCAAGAUGUUAGUGAGCAUCUUGACAGAAAACAAGGCCAUCUCCUAUGUUGACUGUCUUGUCCAGAUGUACUUCUUUAUGGCUUUUGCUGCUUUGGACAAUUUCCUCCUUGCUGCAAUGGCCUAUGAUCGUUUUGUGGCUAUCUGUCACCCUCUACGCUAUACAGUUAUAAUGAAUCCUAGGCUGUGUGGCCUGCUGGUGCUGCUUUCCUGGCUCUCUGUUGUUUCCUUAUUCUAUGGCACAGGGUUUGGAGUAUAUUUGUGCUCCUUAGUUACUCACUCUUCCUGGAAGAAAACAGUUGCUUCUGCAAUGUAUGCUGUGAUAACCCCCCUGUUAAACCCCUUUAUCUAUACACUAAGGAAUAAGGACAUUAAAAAUGCCCUUAGGAAACUCAUUAGCAGAAUAUCUUCCUUUGAGUGA